AUGCGGCGUUUACUCCUGAAACGGUUUGACACGGCACGGGUGGACAUAGUGGAAAGGCUACCCUCGCCCUUCGGCCUGGUGCGCACGGGAGUUGCUCCAGACCACCCUGAAACCAAGAAUGUGAUCAACCAGUUCACCCGUGUGGCCCAAAAUCCCCGCUGCCAAUACUUUGGCAAUGUACUGGUCGGCCCUGUGGCGUACACGUCAGCACCAUCAUCCUCCACGUCAGCAUCAGACCCGUCACCAUCUUCAGCUUCACCAUCACCAGCAGCAGCUGUGACGUUGCAUGAGUUGCGUCAGAUGUACCAUGCUGUCAUCCUGGCAUAUGGAGCAGAGGGCGAUCGCGAUCUCAACGUGCCUGGGGAGCACCUGAGAGGAGUCUUCUCUGCCAGGGAGUUCGUGUGGUGGUACAACGGCCAUCCCGACUACGCCAAUCUUCCAGUGGACCUCACCUCUACUGACACCGCCGUUGUCGUUGGCCAGGGAAACGUGGCUCUGGACGUGGCAAGAGUGCUGCUCCGAUGGCCGUGCGAGCUUCAACCCACCGACAUUGCAGAGCACGCACUGGAGGCACUGGCGAGCAGCCAAGUCAGGCGAGUGCAUGUGGUGGGAAGGCGGGGUCCGGUUCAGGCCGCCUGCACUGCCAAGGAGGUUCGCGAGGUGCUAAAGCUUGAUGACAUUCAAGUCACGCUCAGGCAAGAGGACUUUGCGCUGACCCCUAUGGAUGAGAGUGAGCUCAAGGCAAGUCGCAGCCACCGCCGCGUGUUCGACCUGCUCUCCAAAGCAGCAGCACCACCACCAUCGCUAUCAUCAACAGUUACCACCAGCAGCAGCAGCAGCAGCAGCAGCAGUGACCGGUGUGAGCUGGACUUUGUGUUUUUCCGCUCGCCCGUUGCUGUGAUGCCUGGAGGGGAUGGGAAGGGGGAGGUUAACGGACGUGUUGGGGCGAUUCGACUGGAAAAGAACGUUCUCACUGGGGACUUCAGGGACGGGCCAAGGAGGGCAGUGGGGACAGGAGAGACUAGCGACCUGCCUUGUGGCCUCGUGUUUAAGAGCAUUGGCUACCGCUCCCUGCCCAUUGCCGGCCUGCCUUUCAACCAGCGCAGUGGUAACGCCGUUCCGGGGAGGCAGCUUCGUCACCGAAGCAAGUAUUCGUGGCAAGACUUCGCCGCUUUGGGGAAAUUUUCUGGAACUCUCGCCGCUCCCAUGAGCGGGAGUCAAGUCAGUGGCGGGAACAAGAAGGACCAUGGAGUUAUUCGAAUGUCGAUUUUCUCGAAAGAUGGCGAUUACAACGUAUACUAUAAUGGCAAAGCCGAUCUCAAGGAUUCAGGUUACCCGACAACCGUUGGUAUUUUUAAGGGGAAAAAGGGCGAGGACGGAACGCUCGCAUUCGACUUCACUGCUGACGCCACUUGGACGAACGACACGUGGAACCCCGUUUUCCCGGUUUUCCGGCAAUUUGUGAACCACUUCGAUUACAGCUUCGAGGGCAUUUACGAGAAGGCGAGCACCAAGGCCGCGGCGACGGGCACGCUUAAGGAUCUUAUCGAGGCCAUGUAUAACGACGGCGCUGGCUCGUACUACGGGUUGGUGACCUCCGCGGCGCACGCGACUGGGGCGACGCGCGGGCAGUUCUUUGGAUUCAAGCUUUCCAUUUGA